AUCCAACAAGACGCAAGAGAAAAAAAAAAUAUUGCAAGAUUUUGGCGGAGUUCGAGCGGAUUCCAUCAGCUCACAUGCGCCGCUGCCAUACCACGAGAGCGAAUCCUGGCCGUCCGUUCCGGCGCUGGCUGGGCUACUAGUAGUAGAAAACUAUCAGCAGCAGCAGCAGCAGCCUGACAGAUCAGUUGUGGGUGGUGGUGGUUCUUGCUUGGCGCGACGCCGCCCGCGCAGCACCCAGCCAGCGGAGAGGAGAGGAGAUCCGAUCGACCUCGCCCUCGCGUGUUCCCCUUCCUCCUCCUCCCCCUCGCGUGCCAAAGGCCGCUUCUUGCGCCGUCGUCCUCGAGGGGAUCUCGCUCGCCGUGGUUGGGACUCGGGAGGAAGAAAAGGUGAGGUGAGGUGGCCUGGCCUUCCUCUCUUCUUCUACUCUGCUGCUGCUGCGGCUUCCAGCUUCCAGGGAGUGGCUGGCUCUUGGGCUUCCGUUUGAGACGCCCUUUUCCCUCUCUUCUGAUCUGGGAACGAGCGAGGACGCGCGCCUCCUCCUCGGUUCUUGUCUCGUUUUCUUGUUCUUCCUCUUCUUCGGAGGUGGUAGCAAGGUGAGUGAAGAUGUCGGGCGCUGCUCUGGUCGCAAUCGCGGCUUCGAUUGGUAAUCUGCUGCAGGGAUGGGACAAUGCCACCAUUGCAGGUGCUGUUUUAUACAUAAAGAAGGAAUUCAAUCUCGAAAGUGAGCCCACUGUUGAGGGGCUAAUCGUGGCCAUGUCACUGAUUGGUGCAACUAUCAUCACAACAUUCUCGGGGCCAGUAUCAGACUGGAUCGGCCGGCGCCCUAUGCUCAUUCUCUCUUCAAUUUUGUACUUCCUCGGCAGCCUCAUCAUGCUAUGGUCCCCGAACGUCUAUGUAUUACUGCUGGCACGACUUAUAGAUGGAUUCGGCAUCGGCUUGGCUGUCACACUUGUACCUUUGUACAUCUCAGAGACAGCUCCUUCAGAGAUUAGGGGGUUGCUGAACACGCUGCCACAGUUCAGUGGGUCAGGGGGGAUGUUCUUGUCAUACUGCAUGGUGUUUGGGAUGUCACUGUUGCCAUCACCUGACUGGAGAAUUAUGCUUGGCGUUCUCGCGAUCCCUUCGCUGUUCUUCUUUGGAUUGACAAUAUUUUACCUGCCAGAAUCACCAAGAUGGCUUGUCAGCAAGGGGCGGAUGGCAGAGGCAAAGAAGGUUUUGCAAAAAUUACGUGAGAGGGAGGAUGUCUCAGGAGAAAUGGCUCUUCUUGUUGAAGGCCUGGAGGUUGGAGCUGACACUUCCAUUGAAGAGUACAUCAUCGGACCGGCUACUGAGCCAGCUGAUGAACAUGUCGUUGAUGGUGAUAAGGACCAAAUAACACUAUAUGGACCUGAAGAGGGACAAUCAUGGAUUGCUCGACCUUCUAAGGGACCCAGCAUUCUUGGAAGUGUGCUUUCUCUCACAUCUCGUCAUGGCAGCAUGGUGAACCAGAGUGUGCCACUUAUGGAUCCUAUAGUCACGCUUUUUGGCAGCGUCCAUGAGAACAUGCCUCAUGCCGGAGGAAGCAUGAGGAGCACAUUGUUUCCCAACUUUGGUAGUAUGUUUAGUGUGACAGAUCAGCACCCCAAGGUUGAUCAAUGGGAUGACGAGAAUCUUCAUAGGGAUGAUGAGGAAUAUGCAUCUGAUGGUGCUGGAGGUGACUAUGAAGACAAUGUCCACAGCCCAUUGCUGUCUCGACAAACCACGAGCGCGGAAGGGAAGGACAUUGCACACCACGGUCAUCGUGGAAGUUCUCUGAGUAUGAGAAGAAGAAGCCUAUUGGAAGAGGGUGGUGAGGCGGUGAGCAGCACUGGCAUUGGUGGGGGAUGGCAGCUUGCAUGGAAAUGGUCAGAGCGAGAAGGCGAGGAUGGUAAGAAGGAAGGAGGAUUUAAAAGAAUCUACUUGCACCAAGAGGGAGUGCCUGGAUCAAGAAAGGGCUCAGUUAUUUCACUUCCUGGUGGUGGAGAUGCUACUGAAGGCAGUGAUUUCAUACAUGCUGCUGCUUUGGUAAGCCAACCAGCACUUUACUCCAAGGAUAUCAUGGAACACCGAAUGUCUGGCCCAGCCAUGAUCCAUCCAUCAGAGGCAGCUGCCAAAGGUCCAAGCUGGAAAGACCUGUUUGAACCAGGAGUGAGGCGCGCAUUGUUAGUUGGUGUUGGAAUUCAGAUCCUUCAACAGUUUGCUGGAAUAAAUGGGGUUCUCUACUACACCCCACAAAUACUUGAGCAAGCUGGUGUGGCAAUUCUCCUUUCCAAUCUUGGCCUCAGUUCAGCAUCAGCAUCCAUCUUGAUCAGUUCUCUCACCACCUUACUGAUGCUUCCUAGCAUUGGUUUAGCGAUGAGACUUAUGGAUAUUUCUGGAAGAAGGUUUCUGCUUCUGGGCACAAUUCCAGUCUUGAUAGCAUCUUUAGUUAUCUUGGUUGUGUCUAAUGUUAUCGACUUGGGUACAGUACCCCAUGCCGCGCUCUCCACAGUCAGCGUCAUCAUCUACUUCUGCUGCUUCGUCAUGGGCUUUGGUCCAAUCCCCAACAUUCUAUGUGCAGAGAUUUUCCCCACUAGGGUCCGCGGCAUCUGCAUCGCCAUCUGUGCCCUGACAUUCUGGAUUGGUGAUAUCAUUGUCACCUACAGCCUCCCUGUCAUGCUGAAUGCCAUCGGCCUAGCAGGUGUCUUCGGUAUAUACGCAGUUGUUUGCUUGAUCGCCUUUGUGUUCGUCUUCCUCAAGGUCCCUGAGACGAAGGGGAUGCCGCUCGAAGUUAUCACUGAAUUCUUUGCAGUUGGUGCAAAGCAAAUGCAGGCUGCAAAAGCCUAAUUCCUUUCAGCAGCUCAGCUUUCAGUCUUUACACUGUAAAUUGAAGGAAGAUGGCAUCAUGGGGUCGGAGGAGCUUUUGAGUUGUAAAUGAGAAGGGAGGAGAAUUACUGUUCAUGAUCCUUAUGCAACAGAAAAGAGUUCAUUACCGGCAAGGGAAGCUGUAAAGUAGGAAUUUUUCAUGUUGUUCAUGGCCACCUCUUGUUUACUAGCACUUUAUUAGGUAAUGUUGUUAUUAUUCAUCAGUAGUUGUUGCUAGGGGUGUUCAAAAUAAACUGGCUAAUCUGAUUUUGGGCUACUAUAUUGAGGUUCAUAAUAAUAAGUACAACAAUGUUUUCUAUGUCACCUUGCAAGCUUUUGCACUUUGUUGUACUGUAAAUUGUAUGGGAAGUUAAUAGUUUAGUAAUGGUGCCACUCUAAAAGCAA